GCUUUGCAAUGGUUGGGAGAUUACCUCAUGAGAAGAGGAAAGAAUGUCGACGGAGAGAAGCUGCUCUCUGAAGCUGUCAAUAUCCAAGCAGCCUCACUCAGUCUAGAUCACCCAAAUAGAAUUGAUACAUUAAUUUUAUGGUCACGCUGUCUUUUGAAUAUUGCCGAUUACACACGUGCCCAGCUGCUGCAGUUGAAGCUCUCCGAAUCAUUAAUGUUCACAGCCUGCCUAGCGACAGCAGACAGAAAUCAAAUGUAAUGCUAUUACUAAGGAGACUUAGUGCCUUCCAACAACCACUCAUUAGAGCUAUUCCGCAAGCAGGAGUUCAAAAUAUGAGAGAUGAGAGAGAACAUGCAUUCAAGAGCAAAGAGGCAUUAGUUGAGCAUCAGGGUCGUGAACAUUUGGAUCAAUCUUUACUGACACUAGACAAACUUCACAUUUCUGAUCUUCCACAUCCAGUGUGGGUCGGUGGCACAUUGGAAUUGCUACACAUUGGUAGUGGUGAUGGCUUGUCAUUUUGCCAGACUAUUGGCAGUGAAGGGGGACAACUGACUGCUGGCAGUGUCAACAUGACUGUUCCACCGGGUGCUGUUCAAUCACCAACGCUAUUCUUGAUUCAUUCGUUUAUUCAUAAUAAGUAUAUGCCACCUGUGUCUGCUAGUGGUGACCAAGUAGUCAGUCCAGUUGUUUUUCUUGGUCCUCACGAUGUGUCAUUUAGUAAACCAAUCAAUGUGCGUAUCAACAGCAUAGCUGAUGUGACUUCACCAGGCUGGUUGUUAACACUGAUGAGAAGUGAAUCGACUCUUGAUGAGACAAAGCAAAGGUGCCAUGGUGUGGUAGAGUAUUCUACUGAUACUCAGGAAUUGAAGUCACAUAUCCCGUUUGAUGCUAACAGUUGGUCAUUUGAAGUGAGCAAGUUAAGUUGGUGGAUGUGGAUCGCUCGCUUCAUCAAGAACCCAACUAUUCCAUUCAGAAGAAAGAUGGGAUGUGUAGUUCUGGGUCGAAGUCUUAGUCAUUCUUCUUGCAAAUGGUCACUGUCAGUCCAUAUGUUCAAUUCCUAUGAAGAAAUCGGGCAAGAAAUUAUUAAGAGCCAUCGAGCACAUGAAACACUGCCUGCUGUUCAGCUCUGUCCUGUAACAGAAUUCAUAGUUCGCAAGGAAGGGCAUGUGGUCAUCACACCUCAACAUGGUUCAGAGUGGUCGUUGUGUCGUAGGGAUGUACAACUGCAGUGUCCUACCGAAUAUCUGUGGAGAAAAGCAUUUAAUCAUGAUCACUGCUUCACAUUUGUGAUCGAAGCAAAUGAUUCUCGUCCUGAUAGUCUAGAAGUUCCUGUUCGAGUUGAAUACAUCAGACAAGGGCAAGUGGAGUCUUAUGAAACACUGCAAGCAGUUUACAAACUACUCCACACAACUAGAGCUAUUGAUCUCCCAAGAACUAGUGUGCCUUCCAACUUUCCCUCUCCAUCGCUUUCUGAUGAGGAACAAGAGUCUUUCUAUUUUUGUGGUACAGACGGUUUACAUUCUUCUGGAUCGGUAUCUUCGCCAAUGGCAGCAAGGGAUGGUGCUUCAUCACAAAGAUCAAUAGUCAAACAACCUGCUGAUGUGCAUACUGUCAGACAAUGUGUUGUCAGUCCCAGCUAUAGCAGAGCUCGAGAGGGCACGCCUUUGCUGGUUCGUCUUCCUGUUGGAAGUGAGGUUCCUUCAACGGGUUGUAUGUUCCGGUAUAUACAUCCUACAGAUCAGACAGUGACAGAAACUCGUGGAGAAAGGAUCGAUAGUCGGACAGUACAAACUAUCACUCCUGCUUGGCCACAUGCCGAUAGAGUAGAGAUGGCUAUGCUGUCGUCUGAUGGUCAAAGUCGCCUGGCAUAUCUUGUACACGACUUUGUUGACACGCCUGCAGCAGAUCCAGAAUCGCCACACACUUCUAUGAAACGUGAUGACGACAGUACUGUGGCAGUAGCAAGUCAAGGACCAAAUAAGGAACGUGACGAAUUGGAUCUGCAGUCAAUUGUAUCAGACGUCCAGCUACUUGAGGUUGGCAAGGCUGUCAGAAGUCAUUGGCACGAGAUUGGCAUUCGCCUUGGAGUAGACAUGGAAGAAUUGUCCGACUGUCGACAUCGUUACCCUCAAGACAAAAAUUGUAUUGUACACAUCUUCUCACUCUGGAAGAAACAAGUGAGCAAACCAACAACUGGAAUCCUCUUGGAAGCGUGCAGACAAGCAGGCGUUGUUGGGGCGGCAGAGAGAGCGUUGAAGGACGCACAAAAGCAAAAGUCAAGUUGGAUAUAAAUGGUGAUAGAAAUCUAAUUUCUUGUUAUAUAACAUUUCUACACGCUCGAUGUUGUACAUAUACAAAUGUUUUUAAUGAUUUCCUACUUGUUCCUAGUUCUGUGUAUUGAUUAAUGCGACAUUGAGAGUAUACAAAUAUUUGUUACUUAUUGAACCUGUA